UCUCCUUCACCCAGACCAUCUCCUACUUUUCAAUUUUCACUCACUGGAAGCUUGUAGAAGGAAGGAGGAGCUGUUUCUUAACUCCGAUCAGAGAAACCAAGAAAGCAAGAGGGAUGGAGGGCAAAGAAGAGGAUGUCCGAGUUGGAGCCAAUAAAUACUCUGAAAAGCAACCUAUCGGAACGGCUGCUCAGAGUGACGACAGGGACUACAAGGAGCCACCACCGGCGCCCUUGUUCGAGCCCGGCGAGCUCUCAUCAUGGUCCUUUUACAGGGCCGGCAUCGCCGAGUUCAUGGCCACUUUCCUUUUCUUGUACAUCACCAUCUUGACCGUGAUGGGUGUGUCGAGGUCGUCUAACAAGUGUGCUACAGUCGGAAUUCAGGGCAUCGCUUGGGCUUUUGGUGGCAUGAUCUUCGCUCUCGUCUACUGCACUGCUGGCAUCUCAGGGGGUCACAUAAACCCAGCGGUAACGUUUGGGCUACUGCUGGCAAGGAAGCUGUCAUUGACCAGGGCUCUGUUCUACAUGGUGAUGCAGUGCCUUGGUGCCAUCUGCGGUGCCGGUGUCGUCAAGGGAUUCCAGAAGACCCAGUACGAGAUGUUAGGUGGUGGUGCCAACGUCGUGGCUCAUGGCUACACUAAGGGCGACGGCCUUGGAGCCGAGAUCGUUGGUACAUUCGUCCUUGUCUAUACUGUCUUCUCCGCCACCGAUGCCAAGCGUAACGCCAGAGACUCCCAUGUCCCCAUAUUGGCACCGCUACCGAUUGGAUUUGCAGUGUUCCUGGUGCACUUGGCGACCAUCCCAAUCACGGGAACCGGUAUCAACCCGGCUAGGAGUCUGGGUGCUGCUAUCAUCUACGACAAGGCCCACGCUUGGCAUGACCACUGGAUCUUCUGGGUGGGACCUUUCAUUGGAGCGGCACUUGCAGCCUUAUACCAUCAGAUCGUGAUCAGGGCAAUUCCGUUCAGGACCAAGUGACGAUGCUUUAAUUCUUCAGAGAAGAUUGAAAUGGAGUGGUCUGUUAUCUGUUUUUGUUUGUUAAUGGGGUUUCAUUUGCACGUAUGAAGGUUUCUUUUUUGUUGUUUGGAUGUGUGUGUAUAAAGAAUUAAAGAGUAGUAGCGAGUGUCAGUAAUCGCAGGGUCUUCUUCUUCCUUGAUUGAAGGGUUGAACACAGAUGGUGGUAGGAGUACAAUGGAAAGUGGACUAGUGGAGUGGGUUGGUGGGGGGGCCCAAAGUGUGUUUGUUGAUUGCGCACUCUUUGUCCGGUCCAGACGUCCAGUGUGCCUUUUGUUUUGUGUAGUAGGUUUUAAGUAAAGGGAUGGGGGAGUGGUCAGUUGUUGGCGAAUGGCGAUUAUGAAGAAAUUGUACAGUGUAAGACUUUUAGAAAGUCCAGCGGUCCAAACUGUCUUUUUAUCUUCUUCUAAUAAGUUAUUUAUUAUUGUUGUUCUGGAUCAUGGGCUUUCUUUCAGUCAGAUACAACAGUUAAGUAUGCCCGCCCAGGCUUGGGCCAAAUAAAUUUUGAUUUUUGAGUUGA